AUGGAGAUUGAAAUGUUUUUCCAGCUUCAAUACGUGAAAAGAGAUGGAGUCAGGCAGAUAAGCGAACACAAGCAGAGUGGAAUUAAAUGUUCUUAUCGCAGUAAUUUUACUUUUUCACCAGUCAUUCAUUUAGUAUUCAAGACAGAAGCAAGAAACGAUUUAAUUCACUCAACCUAUAAUCAUCAGCGAAAACGUUGA